CGCGAUUCUCUGGGAGGGCAUGCGACCAGGCGGGUGACUUUUUUGCUUCGACUAGAAGCUGCGAAGAAGAUCCCGUGAUGGAGAGGCGCGUGCAUGUGCGUUUCUGGUCGGACAGUGCUGAGACAAGAAGAGGGACAGAGAUCAGCUGAAACGAAACGAGCAUUUUUUCCAAAGUCCAUGCUGGGUUUCUCCCCUGUGUCUAGGGAGCCUUCUUUCGACCUUUCUCUCAGUGGAACGCCCCCUGCCCAACUAUCCAGCCACCAUGGCCUCGCAGGAGGAAUUUGAGAGGGCCGCCAAGUACGUGCAGACCUCGGGCAAGGAGAGUGGACUGAACCCGACAACCGAGCAGAAGCUGGAGUUCUACAAGUACUACAAGCAAGCGACGGUGGGGGACUGCAGUGAGCCGGCUCCCGGCUUCCUUGCUUUCGAAGCCAAGUCGAAACACAGUGCCUGGAUGUCAGUCAAGGGCAUGUCUCAAGAAGAGGCGAAAAAGAAGUACGUAGAGGCCCUCGACAAGAUGCAGCCGUUGUGGCGCGAGAAAAGCGCGUAAACAGAGCGACUUCCGAGGCGCGUGUCGUCAAAUCAUCUCUGUGUUGAAUGAGAGUCAGUCUGCAGAGAGAGGGUGAACCGGAAAAAAUGUCCUUCCUCCACCACCGCGAAAUUUGAGAGGAAAACGCGGUGCUGUGUCCUUGGUUAAAACGUAGUAUCGGCAGAGAACCCAUUUUCACGUCGUUUUCUUGUAAAACCGUCUUGUUUUGUUGGGUGUGUGGCAUCGUCACGGCCUUCAGAAAGGCGAUCUUUGCCUUUCUAAGGAACUCCCGUCUCUUCUCGCUUAUCGCGGGUAUGUGCAUCUUCUGAAAAGCGCCGAGUUUUUGA